AUGUCAUCAUCAACAUCAGACUCGACGCGGCCACAACGCAUCCUCUCGAAUCGAGAAGAAGACACGUUGAUGAAACAGCAAAAAGCCAAAGCGCUCAAACAAUGUCGUGCGCAAAUGCAAGAUUUCGUCGAAUGCUCCAAGACUCGAACUAUCAGCAUGCUGUGGAGCUGCAGAGAUCAGAAACACGCCUUGCGCGACUGCUUGCGCACGUAUACGAGCGAAGAAGCGAUGGAACGGGAGAAACAGACCUUUUUGCAACAGCCAAGAGAUUCCGAUUCGAGACAUGUAUAG